AUGAACUGGAUGUCCUUACAGGUCCUGCUUGGCGGGGUUAGCCAGUACUCCACUGUAUUUGGGCGUGUCUGGCUAUCGGUGGUGUUUGUGUGCCGUAUCCUGGUGUUUGUGGUGGCUAUUCAGCAGGUGUGGAGUGAUGAACAGAAAGAUUUCAUCUGCAACACCGCCCAGCCGGGUUGUACUAAUGUCUGCUAUGACCAUUAUUUCCCCAUCUCCCACAUCCGUAUUUGGGCUCUCCAGAUCAUUUUUGUCACUUGCCCGUCUCUCAUGGUGGUGGCUCAUGUCAAGUAUCGUGAAAUGAAGAAUGAGAAGUACACCAAUGUCCACAAUGGUGAACAUCUGUAUGCCAACCCAGGAAAGAAGCGCGGAGGGCUAUGGUACACCUACAUACUCAGCCUGGUGUUCAAAGCUGGCUUUGAUGCAUGUUUCCUCUAUAUUCUGUACUACAUUUAUCAUUUUGACAUGCCAAGAGUUGUCAAAUGCACUGAGGAACCUUGCCCAAAUAAAGUUGACUGCUACAUCUCCCGUCCUACAGAAAAGAAAAUCUUCACCUUCUUUAUGGUGGUCACUUCAUCGCUCUGCAUCUUCAUGUGUAUCUGCGAGAUGUUCUAUCUGAUUACCAAGAAAAUUCGCAAGUACCUGCUUAAACAGCAUCAACGCAGUUUACAGCAUGAUUACAAAAGGGUGGAUCCAACGGCCUCAUCCAACCAGAAUCUCAGCAACUUUAAAAAGGCAAAGGUCACAGAAGGAGAGAAGGAUUCAGAACCAGCAUAGUUAUCGUCUGAAAUUAUUGUGAUGCAAGCAAGCAUUAUAGACAUUAAUGAGACACACUGGACCUUGCUAAGAAUAUAGAUAAUGCCAAUACACCAAAGGAAUAUUGCAUAUUUGAAGGACUUUUUCUUGGGACAAUAACAUAUCUAUGACAAAUUCUGAAUUUCAUUAUUUUCUUAUAUGUAAUCAUUUAAAUUAAAAAAUAAAAUAAAAUUUGGGAGUGUAUUCUUGAGUCUCCUCCACUAAAGGAGCACAGUGUCCCCUAGUGUACAGACCCACUUCAGAGAACAACAUAGUGGGGAGGAGACCAUAGUAAGAAUCCAGUUCCUGGCCUAAUACAGUAAAUAAAUUAUUGUCCACACUAAAGUCUGACAUUUUCUGCAAAACAUUGAUUAACAGCUACUGGACACACAGAGACUCUUGAAAGCUGGACUGAACUAACCUUAUGAAGUCUUUUC